AUGGCAGACACUGACCUGCCAUCUGAGCAUGGCAACUCACAGGAGAACAGGAAGGAGAAGGACCCUGUGCAGCCAGGGCCCACAAAUCUGCAGAGGGCCAGGGCCCGCUUCCUCAAGGGAAUCUCCUACUUCUCUGGAGACAUGAAGGUGUUUGGAAAAUGGAUGGAAAAACAGUUUUUCUUGCUGCAGUUGCUGGACUGGGUUUUGCGUGGAGCUGCUCAGGUGAUGUUUGUCAACAACCCUCUAAGUGGCCUCAUCAUUUUUGCUGGCCUCAUCCUGCAGAACUACUGGUGGGCUCUCAAUGGUUUUGUGGGCACACUCUUUGCCACCAUUUCUGCCCUUAUUCUGCAACAGAACAGGGGUGCAAUAGCUGCAGGGCUGUAUGGUUACAAUGGCAUCCUGGUGGGUCUGCUGAUGGCUGUGUUCUCCAAUAAAGGAGACUGGUACUGGUGGCUCCUGCUACCCAACAUCUUCAUGUCCAUGAUGUGCCCGAUUGUGUCCAGUGCCCUGGCAUCUAUUAACAGUCGCUGGGAUCUGCCAGUGUUCACCCUGCCCUUUAACAUCCUGGUAUGUCUCCACAUGGUCGCCACCGGACACUACAACUAUAACUUUCCCCAAGUCCUCAUUCAGCCUCGCUCACAGCUGCCCAACAUCACCUGGGCUGAAAUCGACGUAGCCAAGCUGUUCACGUCAGUGCCUGUGGGAAUAGGCCAGGUCUACGGCUGUGACAAACCUUGGACGGGAGGAAUCUUCAUCAUCUCACUCUUCAUCUCCUCCCCUAUCACUUGCGCUCAUGCUGUCCUGGGAUCUGCUGUGGGCAUGGUUUCAGGCUUGGCUCUGGCGGCGCCUUUUGGAGACAUUUACUUUGGUCUCUGGGGAUACAACUGUGUGUUAGCCUGUAUUGCCAUCGGAGGAAUGUUUUACGCUCUGACCUGGCAGGUGCACCUGCUCGCCAUCACAUGUGCUUUUUUCUGCGCAUACCUCAGCGCAGCCAUUGCCAAUAUCAUGUCCACGUUUGGUCUGCCAGCCUGCACCUGGCCUUUCUGUCUCUCUGCCCUCACUUUCCUCCUUUUGACAACGGGGACCAACAAGAUCUUCAAGCUGCCGCUGGCCAACGUCACCUAUCCCGAGAAAAACCUGGGCUUCUUCUGGAAGUUGAAGAAGCAGGAGAAAAUGGAGAGGGCUAAGAAGGCUGAGAAAGAGAGCGAGGAGCAACAGAAAGCCAUCAAGGAAAACAUUAUACUGAACGAGAAAGAGCAACUGAGGCUAGAGCAUGAAAGAAUGGAAAAAGGGAUGGCAGAAAGUGAGGCAUCAGAGGAUGAAAAUGACGAGACACAUGUCGAAGACCAUUGGGUCGAACAGCAAGGUACUGGAGAUGAAGAAAUGGGACACAAUGAUCUGACGGAGGUCACUCUUGGUGAUUAUGAUUGAUUGAGACGGAGAGAGCGAAAUAGAAAGAGAGAGAGAGAGAGAGAGAGAG